AGUUGGAAGAAGAAUUCUCUUCUGUUCAGACGAGUCAUUUACGCUUCACCAAAUUUAUUUGAAUUGCUUUAAAACAAUUAUCAUUCAACAUGUAUCGUCGUACAUUUGAAAAUAUGAAUCUGAAGAAUCAUCGCGUGAUUGAUUUAAGAAGCGACACGUUGGCAGUGCCAACUGAUGAAAUGAGACAAGCGAUAUUCGAAGCUGUUAUUGGCGAUGACGUUUAUGGUGAAGAUCCAACGGGAAAGGAAUUGGAAGAAGUUGUUGCGGAAAUGUUUGGAAAGGAAGCCGCGGUGUUUGUUCCUUCUGGUUCCAUGGCUAAUCUUUUGGCUAUUAUGGUUCAUUGCGAUAAACGUGGGAGUGAAGUGAUAGUUGGAAAUUGGUCUCACAUUUUUCGUUACGAGCAAGGGUCAGCAUCUCAACUGGCAAGUGUCUUCAUUCACAAUUUGGCAAACUCAGAUGAUGGAACAUUUUCGAUUGAAGAAGUGAAGAAAAACGUACGUGGGGGUGAUUUCCAUGAACCGAUAACUCAACUGGUUGUAGUUGAACAAACUCACAAUAUGGCAGGCGGUAAGGUUAUUCCCCUGGAGUGGAUUGAAGAGCUGUCGAAAGUGUGCAAAGAGAAUAAAUUGAAGCUUCAUAUGGACGGUGCUCGCAUUUUUAAUGCUGCCGAAUACUUGAAAGUUCCCGUCUCUCGGGUCGCUCGUGAUGUUGAUUCCGUUUGUUUUUGUUUGAGCAAAAAUCUUUGUUGUCCCGUGGGAUCGUUGCUUGUCGGCACGAAGCAAUUUGUUGAUCAGGCAAGACGUUUAAGAAAGGCAUUGGGUGGUGGGAUGAGACAGAUUGGUUUCAUAGCUGCUGCCGGCUUGUGUGCGCUCAAUACAAUUGUUCCCCAAUUGGGAUUCGAUCAUCAACACACACGUCAAUUCGCUGAAGCAAUUCGUAACACAAAAAGUUCAAUCUUUUAUGUAGAUUUGGAAAAUCUACACACAAAUAUUCUCAUGAUAAAAGUCACUGACAACCCGAAAAAGAUUACAUCCUUAACUCUAAGUGACCGAUUGGCACAAGUUGGCGAUAAUGAAAUCAACGACGGCAUUUGUGAUGACGAGAAGAAGCCCAUCUUAAUAAAGUCAAGUUGCAAAAACCUUCAAACACUCCGAGUGGUUUUUUAUCACCAGAUUAAUGACGAGUUGACAAAACUCGCUAUUAAAAAAGUUGUUUAUGUUAUCGAGGAAUUGCAAAAAUAAUGUUUAAAAUAACAACGAAUUGUGUGGGAGGAAUUUUCGAGUUUUCAUAUUAACGAAUUAAACUUUCUGAGAAUUAUUGAAUAAAUAUUUUUGAUGUGCUAUGAUAACAAAAGAAGUCGUAACGCAUUCAUCUCAACAUUUAAUUAAUUAUUAUGAGCAGGUGCAUAUGUGAAGCGAAAAUAUAUGUUUAAUUAAUUGCUUUUGAAUAAGUAGAUACCUUUAUUCUCUCAUCUGUAAUCUAAUCAUGAAUGGAGCAUCAAAAUACCUGCUUCAUUCUUACAUCUAUUUGCUUACUUGCGAUGAUGUUGAUUCACGGUGAACAAAUUACAAAUUAUAUUUCAGUUCGCUUGAGAACCAAAUUUUAAUAAAGAUUUUCCUUCAAUGCUAAUUUAAUCUGAAA